UACCACACUCCCCUGUCUACCACUUCACUCCUGUCUCCCUGCCUCUUUCUGCACUUGAGUGUGUGUGUGUGUGUGUGUGUCGGCCGUCAGGAUAAAAACCAUUAGAGCUGUCGGUGCACACGCACAGAAUUGGGUUCGUUCCUCGGUUCAGGACUGAAGCCGCAGCCGGCAUCCUAAAAACCGGAUCGAGGCUCGGCGGGGCCGCUGCGGGUCCAUGGCCUGAUCUGUACCAGCGGCGGAUCAGCUGCAGCUGAAGCCUUCGAGAUGCUCCGAGCUCUCUGCAGCUGCACAAUAACAACGUCACCGAUACCGGCCCGGGGACACUAUGCUUUUCAGACGGAGAGCCAGGAUGUUGCGGUGGCUGAUGUGUGGUCGGGUGGGACCAGUCUGGAUGUGGAAAGCACUGCUGCUUUUCGUCGCCAUUGCGUUUGCUGUCCAACUGUUCUUCAACAAGAGCAGUGUCCAGCCAAUUGGCUCCAUCUUCACGUCCCCUGAUGCUCAGGGGCCCCCUCUAGGCUCCUGUCAGCCCCACACACACAUCAUGUUCCUCAAGACCCACAAGACGGCAAGCAGCACGCUGCUCAACAUACUGUACCGCUUCGGGGAUGAGCGUGGCCUCCGCUUCGCCCUGCCACUGAGCACCUACCAGCUGGGCUACCCACUGCCCUUCAACGCUCACAGGGUCAAAGGUUACCGAGGUCCCAGAGUCACCCAGUACCACAUCAUUGCAAAUCACAUGAGAUUUAAUAAGCCUGAGGUGGAGAAGGUGAUGCCUGCGGACACGUUCUAUUUCUCCAUCAUCAGGGACCCGGUGGCUCUGACUGAGUCCUCCUUUGUUUAUUUUAAAGAAGUAGCGCCAGCCUUUCGGAAAGCCAAAACCUUGGGCGACUUUGCUGACGACCCUAGAAAAUACUACGACCCUCGUGUCCGCAACAGCCACUAUGCUCGCAACCUGAUGUGGUUUGACUUUGGCUUGGACAACAAUGCUAAUUUCUCCGAGGCCCUGGCUAAGCGUGGUGAGGCCAUGAUCCGCCGGACCUUCAAACUGGUCCUCUUGACUGAGUACUUUGACCACUCCAUGAUCCUGCUGAGACACGCCCUCUGCUGGCCACUGGAUGCCAUCGUCUCGUUCAGGCAAAAUGCCCAGAAGAAGCCCACCAGCAGCGGGGGGAUGAGUGAGAGCUUGGUGGCGGCGGCGCUGGCUGGUGUCGGUGGUAGAGGAGUACGUCCACAAGCCAAAACGCUGACCAAUAUAACAGAGGAACAGCGGGAGAAGCUGCGGCAGUGGAAUGCCUUAGACUGGCACUUAUAUAAAACCUUCAACCAGACCUUCUGGGAGGAAGUCAACAGAUUCGGUCAUGCCCAGAUGGAGCAGGAGUUAGCUCUUCUCAGGGCGCGGCGGGAAGAACUGACCCGUGUUUGUCUCAGGGACGGCGGGAAUCCUGUGGAGGCGUAUCGGAUCCGAGACAAAAACCUCCGCCCGUACCAGAGUGGAUCGGUGAAGAUUCUUGGCUACGAGAUCCGGGCGGGGCUGGACAACGCCACCAGGUUGGCCUGUAUGAGGUUGAUCAGGCCCGAGCUCCAGUACAAAGACGUGCUGGAUGCUAAAAUGUUCCCACGGGCUCCGUCUGCCCAUGUCCAGCCAGGGCAACAGAACCAGGGCCCGGUAGCAGCAGCAGCAGCAGCAGCAGCAGCAGCAGCAGCAGCCGGGGCAUCUCAUUUAAGACCAGACUCAUCGAAGACAGGAGAGAAGCCUUCGGGGAGAGAGGAUGGGGAGUCGACGGUGGAGGCCAUGCAAAGGGACUGGAAAUUGAUCAGCUUAGAAAGUAGGAACCAGACUUUGAUACGAGGAAGAAGAAGAUUGACAUAGUUUGAGGUGAGUCUUGCUCCUAAAUAUGGUACCUUUUGGUCCUUGAACAGAUGGACGAAUGAAACUGAAAACUGAGCCAAGCUCCUCCUUUGUACUUCCACUUUUUUGGUUGUUUGCUUGUUUUCUAAAAAAAAAAAAAAAAACUGUCUUUGCUUUAACUUGGUGUCGUUCUGGGGAACUUGACCUUUGA